UUGGAGGGUAACCAGAGCAUUGGAGGUGACUUGGUGCAGCAUCAGGAGCUGAUCAGGAGGACCAACAUGGGUCGUUUUAUGAGGAUUAAUGUGCAGCACCCUGAAAACAUCACUGCAGUCCUCUAUGAGGAACUAUCAGAGCUGCAAGAGAUCACCUUAGCAAUGCUGACAAUCUUCCUGACAUAA